AAAUGUUACCGUUGGCUCCAAGACGGGACAUCAACAAACAAGCCGUUACUCUGCCUUCUUUUUUCUCUUCCCUUUUUCAUUAUUUCUCCUAUCUCAAAUUUCUUCUCAUCCAAGCCAAACCCUAAUUUUCUACUAUAUUAACCGCAAAUUCACACCUUAGAAUUUUUGUUUCCUUUUUUGGCAAGUUUUCCUUUCAAAUACACUAGGAAAUUUGAUCUUAGAAGUCGAAUGGCGUCAAGAACAGUUGCCAAAGAUAUAAUCACUCUUCGAGGCUCAGCAGCAAUCGUAAGCGAAUUUUUUGGUUAUGCAGCGAAUAGCAUUUUGUACAAUCGAGGGGUUUACCCAGAAGAAAGUUUUGCCAAAGUGAAGAAAUAUGGGCUUCCAAUGUUGCUUACCCAAGAUGAAGGUGUAAAAUCCUUCAUUUCCAACCUGACAGCCCAGCUUUCUGAAUGGCUGGAAGCUGGGAAGCUACAAAGGGUUGUGUUGGUUAUCAUGAGUAAGGCUACCAAUGAGGUCUUGGAGAGGUGGAAUUUUAGCAUUGAAACAGAUAGUGAGGUGGUUGAGAAAGGUGUGUCAAGGGAAAAGAGUGACAAAGAAAUUAUGAGAGAAAUACAGGCAAUCAUGAGACAAAUUGCUUCAAGUAUCACUUACUUGCCAUGCCUUGAUGAACCAUGUGUGUUUGAUGUAUUAGCAUACACUGAUAAAGAUGUAGCAGUACCAUUCACUUGGAUUGAGAGUGACCCAAAGUUGAUUGCAAAUCCUCAAAUGGUGAAGUUGCAUUCGUUUGAUACCAAGAUACACAAGGUUGACACACUUGUAUCAUACAAGAACGACGAAUGGGAGGAGCAGUAGAGUGAUUUCAAACUUCUUUUGGCUGAUAUCUGUGAAUCUACUAUUCACGUAGCCAUGAAAGGGGUGAUAUAGAAUUAUUUUGGGUGUGCUUUUUGUGCAUGGUUGUGAUGUAAUUGAACUACAUAUCUUUUGUUAAUUUCAUCUUUCUUUAGAGGUUAUGGCUUCAAAUUAGUUUUCAAGGGUUUCAAAUGCAAAUCGAGAAAACAGUCAUGAUGCGUGAUUGAAAUGUACUUUUUAGCCACUUUUUGCCAUUGAAAUAUUGAACUACAUAUCUUUUGUUAA